CCUCUGGAGGAAUCAAUAACUCCCAGGGCUUGCAAAAUGGGAUUGAGCGCUUUUAAGGAUCAAAUUGCACCCAAGAAAGCCAAGAAGAGAGCAGAGGGCGCCAAUUCCAACGUGUUCUCCAUGUUUGAACAGACCCAGAUCCAGGAAUUUAAGGAGGCCUUCACCAUCAUGGACCAGAACAGGGAUGGCUUCAUCGACAAGAAUGAUCUGAGGGACACCUUUGCUGCUCUUGGGCGUGUGAACGUGAAAAAUGAAGAAAUCGACGACAUGAUCAAGGAAGCCCCGGGUCCCAUCAACUUCACCGUGUUCCUCACCAUGUUUGGGGAGAAACUGAAGGGGGCGGACCCCGAGGAGACCAUUCUCAACGCGUUCAAAGUGUUCGACCCCGAAGGCAAAGGGGUGCUGAAGGCUGAUUACAUUAAGGAGAUGCUGACCACGCAGGCGGAGCGAUUUUCCAACGAGGAGGUAACAGGGCCCUUUGGAUGCUCCCUGCACCCCAGCUCCUGGCAUCACCCUUCUGGGGACUCGCAUCUCUUUUCUAAGACACUCCUGACCCCACAGCGAGAGAGGACCUAUUCUUUACUGAGCCCGUAUCUCACUGCCAUCCGCUCAAUGCCCCCGUGA